GGGUGCGGGGCGGAGCUGACCGGAACCUGCCUGCCGCAGUCCGAGCUCCGCAUCGGGUAGAGCGUGUGUUUGAAGACUCCACGGACCGCCACGAGGCAGCCGAAGGCGGGCCCGUUACCCGCCGGCUACCGGGAGCGAGCUGAGCGGCAGAAAAGGAAGAACGCCCGAGCACCAUGAUCCCUCUGGAGAAGCCGGGCAGCGGCGGCUCCUCCUUGGCUGCCACCUCAGGCUCGGGCCCGGCGAGUCGGAGUCAGAGCGCGCCGCGCCGACCGCCGCCGCCCCAAACCCGCGGGCUGCUGACAGAGAUCCGCGCUGCCGUGCGCACUGAGCCUUUCCAGGACGGCUACACCUUGAGCCCUGGCCGAGAGCUGGGCAGGGGUAAGUUUGCAGUGGUGAGGAAAUGUAUAAAGAAAGAUUCUGGAAAAGAAUUUGCAGCCAAGUUCAUGAGAAAAAGAAGAAAAGGCCAAGACUGUCGGAUGGAAAUUAUUCAUGAGAUUGCUGUACUUGAACUAGCACAGGACAAUCCUUGGGUCAUUAAUUUACACGAAGUUUAUGAAACUCCAUCAGAAAUGAUCUUGGUUCUGGAAUAUGCUGCUGGAGGUGAAAUCUUUAACCAGUGUGUUGCAGACAGAGAAGAAGCUUUUAAAGAAAAAGAUGUUCAAAGACUCAUGAGACAGAUUUUAGAAGGUGUCCACUUUUUACACACUCAUGAUGUAGUUCAUCUAGAUUUGAAGCCUCAGAAUAUUCUACUGACAAGUGACUCUCCAUUGGGUGACGUUAAGAUAGUUGAUUUUGGCCUUUCAAGAAUAAUGAAGAACAGUGAAGAGCUACGAGAAAUUAUGGGUACUCCUGAAUAUGUGGCUCCUGAAAUCCUUAGUUAUGAUCCUAUCAGCAUGGCAACAGAUAUGUGGAGCAUUGGAGUAUUAACCUAUGUCAUGCUUACAGGAAUAUCACCUUUCUUAGGUGAUAAUAAACAGGAAACAUUCUUGAACAUCUCGCAGAUGAAUUUAAGUUAUUCUGAGGAAGAAUUUGAUAUUGUGUCUGAAACCGCUAUUGACUUCAUCAAGAGACUUUUAGUUAAGAAACCAGAAGAUCGAGCCACUGCUGAAGAAUGUCUAAAACACCCAUGGUUGACACAGAGCAGUAUUCAAGAUCCUUCUUUUAGGACGAAAGAGUCAUUAGAAGAAGCAAAUGCCUUCCAACAAGGUGAUUCUGUGCCUGAAAUUAAAGCAGAUACUGAGAAACCAGAAACUGAGGAAUCGCUUGUGACAGAGGAGUUAAUUGUAGUUGCUUCGUAUACUUUAGGACAAUGCAGACAGUCUGAAAAAGAGAAAAUGGAGCAAAAGGCCAUCUCCAAACGAUUUAAAUUUGAAGAACCUUUGCUACAAGAAAUUCCAGGAGAAUUUAUUUACUGAGCAGUAUUUCCCUUUAAAACUUUUAAGAUUUCUACAUUGAAAACAUUAUUAUUAUUUAUGGACCUCUGGCCAAAUGGUACAUGUACUAGAAGUGGAUAUCAAAGUAUCACUGAUAUAAGCAAAAAUAAUUUUGUUAAACUUGUGGAGUUAGAUCAAUCAAGCCAGAUUUGUAGAAGUUGCCAACCUGAAGGUUAACAGGUAAAGUUCUCUGUUUCAAUGUUAUUUUUAAGAAGGGAGAUGUUUGCACCUUUUAAUUCUACAUCCUGUUUCUCUACAAUGAGAAUUUGUGUACAAAGAUGUUUGUAUUCACUUUUCUUUAAAAAUCCAAGUAAAAGUGCCAAAAUUACAUCACUGAUAAA